UCCGCAAUUUGAAAUGUCCAACAACGGUUUCGGCCGCACUGGUGAAAGAGUACGUGUAUCCCUGGAGUCGCUUGGUCUGUAUUGCUUUUUGUAUUGUUCAUAAACUAAAAACUCACAUCGCGAGACAGAAAUGACAGUCGAGACUGUAAGCAGGCAGCAGGCAGGAUAGAGGUUAAUUCACUACGUAUGCAGUAGUGAAUUAUGCAUCAUAAGUACUUAUGCAUCUUCAUAACGCAUCCUUAUUCUCAGAGAUGGAUAUGUGUCAGAAUGUGUAUGUGUGUUUUAGGGGCUUACUGUAACUUAAAACAAUGUGUACCUAUAGGCUACUGUUUAUCAAAAAGACGAAAAAUUAGAGUGUUAUUUGUAAGAUGUUUCGUGUGUAUUGUUCCGUAAGCUUUGGUAGGACGCUUGAUAUAAGUCUGUUUCACGUUCCUCAUUUGGCUGUGCAUUCUAAUAGUGGGGUGAGGUUAACCACACGUGCCAGAGGACGAAAGAGGAAGACGCAGCCUAACCGAACUGCAGAAAUUUCUCACACAGUAGUGCAGCGCUGCAGCACGCAGCUUCGGAAAAGGCUGAAGCGACGCGGACGGCGCGCUCCCGAUGUGUAUAUGCAUCGCACGCUGCAUUAAGCCGUUUAUGCAAAACUAUUUGCGUUGGGAAAGAGAGGUAGAGAAAAGAUGUUGAGCGGUAGGGGAGUGUUGCGAGAGGAGGGAUACGAAAUAGGAAAAGGGCUGAACUUUGCACGGCUAGCGCGCCGAGCCAGCAGCGUGUAAGGAGACAGGUGACGGGCAGGCGACUGUAAAGCUCACCGGGGGAGACUGCAAAAGUAACGCGAAAGGUUUCUUUCGCUGCUGCCUUUGCAGAUUGACAGUUAACACACCCAGUGGGGAAGCAUUAUCAGUUUCAGGGACCCAAUUGGAUUCCUUGCUUGACACUGUUACCCCUGAAAACCAGGGCUGAUGAGGGGAUUGGAGGACAACAAGAGCGACACAGCCAGCUCUGACAGGUCCCCCACUGAGAUGCCAAAUGGCACAGAGGUCGCGCAGAAGCCCCUCACGCUACUGGACAGGCUGCGGCUCUGCCAGUCCGCUUGGGCCCUCGGGGGCCCCUGGGACAGAGACAGCAUUCAUACUGCACUGUGGGGACAGCAGCCUGGGAGUUUCCUGGUGCUGCUAGAUUCGACAUCUCAGCCGCAGCUGCUGUGCCUGUCUGUAGGGGGCAACAGGGAGCAUGUGAAGGACUUCCCAAUCCAACGCUCUGGUGCAGUUUUUCACCUUCUGGAGUCCCACCUAGGGUUUUCAGACCUGGUCCAGCUGGUGGCCUAUUACAGCCUGAGCAGAGAUGUGCUGCCAGUCUGCUUGUUCAUCCCACAGCGUGUCUUCAACCUCACACAGGAGACAGACCAAGAUCUGUCCCAUCUAGGGCCGAAGUUUUGGCUCUGCUUGUCCUCGAACCCACAACAGAGGAAUGUGACCCCGCCAUCCACUGGCCUCAGCAUGUGUUCCAUACAGGUGACCUCUGCGAACGGGGCACUCUGCGUCAUCAACCCCCUGUACCUGCACGAGCACGGGGACAGCUGGCUUAUUGAAAAGCGCUCUCCCCAAAGCAGCCCCUCUUCCGUGAGUCGGCCAUUCGCAGCAAGGCGGGAGAGACGGCUGAGCACGACUAGGCCGUGGAAGGGAGCAGGGCUACGUGACAUGAGGGGCCCGUCAUUGGACCACGAGUCCAGCACCUCACCAGCUGCAUGCUCAGUUCCCCCCAGGACUCGUCCCAACUCCUCUCCCUCUACCCCCGUGGUUCUCAGAAGGGCAAGUCAGUCCAGUAGCUCUGGCUCCUUGAAGGGAAGAGGACAGAACAGGCUCUCUGUGGAUGGUGAGACCUCCAGCGAGACCACACCUGUGGGCAGUCCUGUCCCCCAGUCCCCUCACCGCGUGUCUUGGAUCGAAGACGGCAUAUGGCUGUCUCCGCCUCCGCUCACCUCGCUGCUCCAGGCUCCCAGCCAUGAGCUGGACUCCCUCUCCAUCAGCAGCCUGGAGGAGGAGUCUGACUCCGCCCCCAGCCCCAUCCACGUACACAGCCAGCGCUUCACUUUGGUCCUGGCCGACAAGGUGAAGAACCGCCUCUCGGCCGUGGGGCAGGCCAUCGGUGGGCUGAUGUCGCCGCAGAAGAGGCUCAACUACAAGGCGCAGGAACUGAGCGAGAGGAAGAGCGGCGCCUUUGCCGAGAGCGUGAAGGCCUUCGUGGACAAGACACUGAAGGGCAGCUCAUGCUGCGCCUCUGGCUCCGAGCUGCUGCAGGAAGUUCGCACCGCGCUCAGCAGCCUGCGGGAGAUCCUCUUGGAAAGCCCAGAGAUACAGCUCCUGAUAGACAGCCUAGGAGACAUCUCUGACUUGGAGUUAGAUGGAAUGUUAGAACUUGCCAUACACAAGGUGGCACUCAAGCCAGUUUGCGCCUGCCUGUACGCCUCUCUUCAAGACUACCGUGAUCGGGACGGCUUCAUUGAGCGCCUAAAGCAGAACCAGCACACAAUGGAGGGGCAGAAACCAGAAGAGCUUGGAGGAGCCAUGGGCGUAGGACUUCCGGAUGCCAUGGUUCUGGAGAAAAUUCAGCAGCGCUGGGACUCCAUGCAUGAGGCCUACUCGCCCAGCAAGAAAGUGCAGAUUCUGCUCAAGGUCUGCAAAACCAUCUACCACAGCAUGAACACCAACUCCACUCCAGGAGCAGUGUAUGGGGCAGACGACUUCCUACCAUGCCUCACUUGGGUGGUACUGCACAGUAACAUCUCCACCCUGCAGCUGGAUACAGACUACAUGAUGGAGCUGCUAGACCCCAUGCUGCUACAGGGAGAGGGUGGUUAUUAUCUGACAUCACUUUACGGCUCGCUGUUCCACAUCAGCAGCUUCCGGCCUCGCUUGGCAGCCCGCCAGCUCAGCACCGAGGCCCAGCAUUCCCUGAGCCAAUGGCAUCGCAGGAGAACUCUGCACUGCAACCGCUCACGAAGAACCGGGAACAGGAGGACUAUCCGGAGGCCUGCCUCCAGAGAGGUGGAGGCGGAGUCACAGGAUGGGGCGAAAUUGUCGGACUGUAGCGGGGAAGGCAGUGCUGCGGAAUUGCCCUCUUUGAGUGGAGAAGAGACGUGUGAAACAUCUAAAGAGAUUCUGGGGCUUCUCCGAGAAGAAGACGACAGCUGGGAUGAGGCUCCCGGUGAGGUGAGGUGGGGGUGUGACAGGUUAUCAGAGGAGGGUGGUGAUCCCCAGCAAAGCGCUGAAGCCCCAGAGACUUUGAGGGAGAAACCCACCGGAAGUCCGAAAAAGGAGAAAGAGCGGCCGCACAGUGAGCUCAGGUCCCGCGACGUGCUCUGGACUGUGCCGGAGGACAUAAGCGCCGGUCAGCUUGACAAAAACAAGGUGACCCUUGACCCAGAUCGCUGGAUCGAUGGAGAGCAAAAAGCAUCCAAGCUAGCUACCAAAUGUCUGUAUUCUGCAUAGCUGAGGGCAAAUCCUGGGGGAGGAUUCUGACCCAAAGGAGGAUUUACAGUACACCUAAGGAAUCUGUUAGGAAUGGUACAGCGUUCAUUAUUGAUGUUAUAUUCCACAUACAUUAUAGUACACAUGCAGUAAACAUGAGUGUGUUUGACAAUUCUGCUACUCCCUGGUCCUGCAUUAUUUCAGUUCGUGAGCAUUCAUUUAUUAAAAUGAAUGAGUAUUUUUAAAGCGUUUGAGCAGAAUUACUGCAGGAUUACUGUUCCCCUUGAAAGAGGACUCAUUGAAGGGGUUUGAUGGGCACUCUCUAUGCUCUCUGGCCAGUGUUUGUGGCUUUCCAUCACAUUGUAUGGGUUUUGCAGAAAUACUGGUAACACAAAUGCUGAUCUGUGAUUUCUCCUUUUCCUUUGUAGUACAAGGAUUGACAAUGCCAAAAAGUGAAACCGAUUUGUUGUCGUAUUCUGACUUUUUGUUUGAAAUUACAUUCAAAAGCUUGAACUUCCUGUAUAUUGUUUUCAAAGACCUUGCAUCAGUUGUGAAAAACAAUGAUAAUCUUUCAAUCUGCGCAGCUUCUCAUCCUCAUCAAAGCAAAAGCACAAUAGCCACAUAAUACAAAAUAAGUUAAUUACAAGCUUAAUUUUCAGCUCCAACACAAAUUUUAAGACGUCUUUUGUAGAACCGAAAAUCUUUUUAUGAAAUGGCAUUGACUUACUGGUUUUUAUUUAAAUCAUCUGGUCUCGUAUUAACAGGCUGAAGAGUAUUUUAUCAUCUGACUACCGUCAGAGCUGAUUUAUUUUGAAAGGCACAGUUGCAGCGAUUGCAUAAUAAAGUGGUUCAUUACCUCUUAAUUACAGGCUAAACAAACUGUGUGUGUUUCGUUGUCUUCGUGGUGCUUGUUGGCUCGCAGACUGUUGAAAACAGGAGCGUGAUUCGUUAUUUCUGUCAUUGCUUUACAUGAAGCCUUCCAUUCGGAACUGUCAUAUAAUUAGCAAUUCCACUUGGGCGUACGGCUGGAAUGAUUUUUUUUGAGGGUGUCAUAAGUUAUAUAUGACACACUGUGACUAAUCUCUGUCGAUCAGUCAAAGAAGCUAUACAGGUAGGUUACAAUCUUAAGUUUGUCUCAUGAGACUCAAUAAAAGACUUUUAAAUAAGAAAUGGAACAUGGAAAGAAUCACAAUAAUACAUCACUAACACACAGGACUAGCAUUCAGUAAUGUUACCUAGGAAGAAUUUCAGUUCUUCAUUGCCUCAGAACGAUGAUGUAAUACCAGAUUAUUCAGAAAGUGGCCAGAGACCGACACACGCACCUUUUUUGUUGGGUCAUGCCUGCAAGGAACAAUUUCAAGAGCUCAAGUGGUCAAGAAGCUGAAGUUGCAGCUAUUCUGUGAGACUUAAGGCUACAAUACAGGACAAACACCCAGCCUGGGCUGGGCAGGAAGCUAGAGUACUUGGUAACAGUGACAUGACAAAGUUAGAAGUGAGAGGUCACUUUUACCAAGAGUGAGUUUAAAAAAAAAACAGUUUUGUUUUCUUGUUUACACUAAUUCAGUAAUUAUUAAGCUUUAAAAGAAAUUAUUUUGCUGUAAAGUGAUUCAGUCCUUUGUUAAAUUAAAUAAUGAUGCAUUUAACACAGUCUUAGCAAUAUGCUUUGCAAAAAAAUGAAUAUGACGUGACUGCAGAUAAACUUACCUGGCAGGGAGGCUCACGAAGGAGGGUCACCCAGUGAGGCUCUGACGCUGAACUGAAAUCACCCAAAGGUGAGAAGCUCAACUAGAUAAAUCCUGGUAGCAGGGGACUGCAUUUGCACCCUCCCGUGCUCCGUUUUGCGUCAGGCCUCUGCGCCUGCGAUCGGAAGGUUGCCGGUUCGAGUCUCAUCCUUGGCAGAAUAAUCACAUGUACGUUGGGCCUUUGACCAAAGCCCCUAAUUCCCAGAAAUGCUCCAGAUGCACCAGAAAAAAUGCGUUGACCAUGUCCUCGAACCCAAAGCUUUGCUCUCAACUGUACAUAUAUGUGUAUGUAAAAGGGAAGAAGAUGGUUUAUGCAGAAAUUCUAAUGUACCUGUAUUGUGCAUAUGGCAAAUAAAGCAUCAUUUCGCUAAACCUUAA